UGUCAAAUACUUAAAAUGUGCUGUAUUCAUCACUAUAUGUUGAAUACCUCUGAACCUGAACACAGAACACUUGAAAAGUGAAAACACAUAAUUCACCUUUUUUUCCAUUUUAAAUGCUUUACUUUGUGUUGAAACAAAAAGUCAGCCGUGCUGGAUGCCUGUAAAAUAGUCUGCUCUGAGGCUUCCUGUUGUCUUUCUGAGCCUGCGGCUGUCGCUAAGCAGGCCUCCUGUAGUCACCAUGGCACCUCAUUACUGUUGCUAUGGUUUUCUUAUAUGCAGGAUGUGGUUCACCAAAGCCUGCCAUAUUUAGUCUGCGUCUGGAAGCGCCAGCCUAUUGCUGAUGCUGACAGCAACACAAGGGCUCAGUGCCUCUUUGCUGUUCUUUUUAUAUUAAUAUAUACACCGGUGACUCCAAGAACUACCACAAAAAUCUAUUGAUUCUCUCUUUCAGCAGUUUUCAGUUUUGUACUGCUUUAAUACAGUGUAUUCUACAGGCAUGCUCAUUUUGUAUUUACAGAUUUUUUAAAAAGUUCACUUAUAGCUUUUUUUUAUCAGAAAUGCAGGUGUUUAAUCCUCUUAUUACUUCAGAUACGAUAGCUGCUAGAUAAACGCUGUCAUGUUGCAGUGAAAUUACUGCAGCUCCAUCAGGACACAGUGUCAGCAGCUCAAAUUAACCUGUUUUUCCUUUGUUCUUUCACAGAGUUGACAGAUUACAUCAAACAUCACAGAAAAAAGAGAGGCAGUCAAACAGUAUGGAAACCAGUGACAUAUAGAAUCUGGCAGAAAAGGUCAAGCCUUUUAGAGGAUAAACUCCAGAGGAUGGAAGAUCAUUAGAUUAGUGGGUUAUGUCCUGCACAGUAUUUUAUCAGCUCUGUUGCUGCAAUAAGCCAAAGAUAUAGAUUAGUUUGUGUAUGUGCUUAGCAUUCAUAUGAUUCCAAAAUAUGGAUUCAGGCUAGGAAUUACAGCAUAUGUAGUACUGUUUCAUGGUUUUGUGUAUAGACACAUUUGGGAAUGCAUGCAUAUUGUGGGGAGUAUGCUCACUUUGUAAACCUGCGAGCCUCUUCCUGCAGCCAGAAGGCUGUAAGCGGGCAGCUACAAUAAUUUAAAUAGCUGAACACGAUCAACUGAGCCACUGUAUCCUCUCAACACCGGUCCUGUUGUUGUCUUUGGACCAAGAUAACAUUACAAAGACGAAUAAUGCAAGUGCUGAUGUGUAGCAAAUGUGUUGAGUAAAAGGUCUUCCAUUUGGGUUGUUUGGCUCAUCAGCCUGCAGUUAUAAGAAAAGCAAAGCAAAUGCAAACAGACUUGCGGGACGACUCGGUUAGGCCUAUGACAAUAACAUGGUCAUGCACAUUGUAGUGUAGGAGGGAGUGACUCACGCAUGCGUAUCUAAGCCUCCGCUUCUGCCAGCGCUGGAAAACAAAGGCAGCGAUCCGCGGCCGGGAAAUGUCAUCAUCCAUUACUAAUGGAGGAAAUAGUCUUCAGAUAAUCAAGAGUGGUAUUCUUUGAAAUAACACAACUGUUUUCGUUGUUUUUGCUGUUUGUGUGUGCGAGCAAAGCUCCGGAUCUCGCAACAAUAAGUGAGUAACUCGGCUUUUGCGAAUCCACAGGUUCUUCCUCUUGGCUUUUUGUCUUUUUAUUCCGUGUUCUGGACGGAUCUAGACUGAAUGGCGGCAGCUGUGGGCGAAGGAUCUGUUGCAUCACUGGAGUAGCUGCCUCACAUCACGGACUUUUUCACCAAGUGGAUGAUAUCAUGACGUUUGCUACUUCAAAAUAGAUUAUAAUUAGCGAGGCGUGGGUAGCUGGUGGACUGAAAUCCGUAGGUGAACGCGUAAAGCCGGUUUGGUUCGGAUUUUCAGGCGUGAAGUGAAAGUUACCUGCUUUGUCAGCUGAGGAGAGGCGCUGUCCGUGGUCCUGAAGUCGUCUCGACACCUCCCGUUAUCUCGCUCCUGGUCUCGUGUGAAGACGGCUUAAAGGUUUCUCCAGAAAGUAACUGUUAGGGGAACGUUAUCAAUCGGCAGCGACACACGAAGCUUAAUAUGGUAACUCAAACCAGAGUUCAUCUGCAAACUUGGGUACUUUUGAUUUUUGUCGUCCAUGUGAGUCAGCCAGUAUGUGUCGAUGCCCCGUCUGACACUGAAGCCAUCCUGGGGGAACCCAUGAAGUUGAUCUGCGUCGCCUGUCUGAAAAGGGAGGAGGUCAAAGCAAAGACACGUGUGGACUGGUACUACACGCCAAACAAAGAAAACGGUCCAGCUCAUAAAACUCAUAUAUUCAAGUAUGAGUAUGGCACUCCAACAGAAUUGAAUGGAACAUUUAAGGGUCGUCUGUUCUGGAAUGGAAGCCAGGACUUACAAGACGUCUCCAUUCGGCUCAUUAACGUCACCUAUAAUGACAGUGGGUUCUAUGAGUGCCAAGUGUUUCGCAAGUUUGAGUUUGAGUUCUACAGUCCCUCUACCACCAUUUUCAGGAACUUCACGCUGACAGUGAAAGAGAAAGCCAGUGUGGACCCCACAGCGCUCUACUCUGAGAUCAUGAUGUAUGUGCUGCUGGUGUUCCUGACCUUAUGGCUCCUGGUAGAGAUGGUCUACUGCUACAGGAAGAUCUCCAAGUCUGACGAGCAGACGGAGGACACAGUGUGUUGACCAAUCACGAUGGGACUUUCAGGCUCAUGUGACAGAAACCUCAUCUCUGCCACCCUGAAGCUGUUGUGAAGAGCCAGUCAAAAAAUGUCCAAGUGCUCAUUUCUUCUUCUCUUUUUUUCCUCUUUGAACCUUUGUGCCAGGCAUCUGAAAUUAAAUGCUUUCACAAAUACAGCAGGUAAACAAACAAACAAACAUGUCAGUGUGCUGCACUUCUUUUUGGACAAAUACCAGCCAUAGUUCAUUUGGAUCUGCAGUGUGUAGAGUUACUGGUUAGUGGUACUUCUGCAAUUUAUAUCCCAUAUAAACAGAUAUGAUCCAAGGAAUUUGUCCUGCUGCUGUUAAAGCAAUUAUACUGACUGUGUAGUAUUGAUUAGUUCAUUUUGCUUUAUUACAAUUUUAUAAACUGAAAUUUUGGGUCACAGUUUCAUUUGUAUUGGCUAAUAUUUUAAUGUCUUUUUAAGGAAAAUGGAUUGCAUAGGUUUCACACUGUAUGAGUGUGCUUCGCUCCCUGUUCUGCUGUAUGUGUAAUGGAAAUAUAUAAAACAGACAAUACCCGAUUACACUAAUCCACGUCAUGUCAGUUCAUCUAGGGCUCUUUCUUAUACUCUUCUCUGUGUAAACCUUUAAGCCAUUUUCAACACUAAUGUC